UUGAAGAAAAUGUCUCGCAACCGAAAGCACGUAAGGCGUAUACAAACUUUAAUCAACCAAUUCCAAGAAGAAACAGAGAGCCUACAGAUGACCAUUGAUAAUUAUUUUACAACGAUUUUCAAUGAAGCAAACCAAUGGGUUACCAAACCAGGAGACAGUAAUAAAAGCUUUAAAGAAAUGUCAACUUUACUGAAAGACGGGAUUCAGUGUGUUAUGGGCACAAUGGGGACAACAUCUGUGAAAAGUAUGAGGAUGGAGAAAAAUGAAAAUGAAGAAAGUGACGAAUUGACUGAUGAAUCAUACAUCCAAAAUAAUGGACGACAUUAUUCAACAAGAGAACUUACAGACCUUACAUUGACGAAUAUAUUAAGCCGACUUGAGAAACUCGAGGCAACACAUUCUUCGGUUCAAGGCACACAACUAGUUGAAAACACGGAAACAAAAGCAUGGAGAAACAAUUUAGUCUUAAGACAACGUGAAAAUGAAAUACAGAUCGAAAUGAUGACACAUCAACACAAACAGGAUUUGUAUAUGCUAAAGGAAGAAGUCAAGGAGUUUGGUGUUGUUUGCAAAAUGCUACAACGCGGAUUGAUAUCAAUGUCUCAAAUAUUAAACCAGCGAUCGGGCGAUAGGAAACGAUAUCUAGACAAGCUGAAAGACAUUAAAAAAGAUGUUUCAAAUUUGAAAACAGUCUUACACUCGUGUUGUCAGUACCUACUUACUCCAACCGCCAUUGGUUUUAUAGCGAGUGAUGGUUAUGAAAGCCUAAACCAUGACAUCGUGUAUCGUAGAGUCGAACGUAAUGUUGGAAAUUAUUUUAAUGUUAACACAGGCAGGUUUGUUGUUCCAGUGUAUGGCCGGUAUAUCACAAGUCUUACGAUUGAACAAAGAGGAUGGUAUGAAGACAAGGUCAAUGCUAAAACUGAACGAUAUAAAUAG